UCGUAACACAUAGACAUACUCAUUCAUUCAUUCACACUAAGUUAACUGAUGGUCGAUAAGUGCAUGGUGAAAGAUAAUUAAUUGUUGCAAGUACUUGUUCUUAUUGAGGUGAAAGAAAAAGCUUUCUCCCUUGCAAAACCGGUUCUGCAAGUACCGAAUUCAUCAUGUCUGAGCCGCGGAAGAAUCAUCUCACCAUAGAUGGGGGGCUGCCGAAGGACGACGAGCACGUCGCUACUUAUAAGCCUAUUCCAGAGGCUGAUACAGAAUUCCGCUCGUCUAAGGCCAGCCUCCACAAGUCCAAGGAAAAGGUCGACGAGGCCGAGGAGAAACUCCUAGAGAAAGAAGACGAGGCUAAGAUAGUCACGCGCGUCGACAUGGCCGACGCCAAGUACGUCGUGGGCGACCACCGCAACGGCGACGCCAAGAUCGAGCUCGACGCCAACAAGAGGCAAUUCUCCGGUCUAACAAAAGAGGAGCUGAUGAAGUACGCGGACGACCCGUUCUGGAUACGCCUGCGCUGGGCCAUGUUCAUCUUAUUCUGGGCGCUCUGGCUGUGCAUGCUCGCCGGCGCCAUUGUCAUCAUCGUCCGGACGCCCAAGUGCGCCCCGCCGCCGCCCAGGGAGUGGUUCGAAAAAUACGCCCUCAUAGAAUCCGACGGCGGCCUACCGAGCGAAAGCGAUCUGGACCUGCUCCAUAGCUCUCAAGUCGGCGGCGUGUUCGUGCAGAUCGCCUGUGGGGCCGACGCCUACGAGCUGCUGAAGACCGACACCUGCCUCGACCAGUUCAAGGACUUCGUCGCUAAAGCCAAGGAUCGCGGUGUCAAGGUCAUCGUGGACUUGAUCGCCAACUACGUGCCCACCACGCACGAGUGGUUUGUCAAGAGCCAGGCGCGCGAGCCGGGCUACGAGGACUACUUUAUCUGGCGCAAACCCAACGGGUACAAUGGAACACACCCGAACCCGCCUAAUAACUGGCGAGCGGUGACGAAUGAAGGCGCUUGGACGGAAAGCGAGGUCCGAAAAGAGCUCUACCUCAGCCAGUACGGCGCGGGCAAGGCCGACCUCAACUUCCGCAACCCAGACGUCGUCAAACAUUUCGAAGACGUCCUGAAGGCGUACAUGAAAGCGGGCGCUGCUGGUGUCAGACUGUCCCACGCUCGCCUGCUGCUGGUGUCGGCGUCGUUCGAGGACGACCAGUACCUCGCCAACACCGACAAGCCGCCGGCCGGCGCCACGCCGACCUACGGCGACUACAACUUCUUGCGCCACAAUAGCACCGCCGACCAGCCCGAGCUAGACGCACUAUUGGCGAACUUCUCGAAGAUCGUAGAUGAUAAUGCUGUCAGUGAACCUGGAGCCAAAAAAUCUGUGUUCACGAUAAAGGAGACAGACCACUUCCACGAGCUGUACUUGCUGAAGCACAACGUGUCAUAUCUUCGGCCCCCCAGUGCUGCGGCCAUCAGUGUUGAUGUCGACGCCGCCGUGCUCGUCAACAGGACUAGCCUCUCAACAGACAGGUUCUGCAAGUGGCCCGUGCUACAGUUAACUACAUCGGAGGCGGCGGCCGGCGCCGAGCUGGCGGCCUUCGCCUACCUGCUGCCCGCCGCGCCCGCGCUCAGCGUGCCGCAGCUGCGGCUGCUCAACGCCUCUGCCAAGAGCCAGCUGGAGCGGCUGACGGCGCUGCGCGCGGAGGAGAGCGUGCAGCACGGCGCCGCCGGCCUGGCCGCCGUGCCCGCGCGCAACUCCACGCUGCAGCUCGUCGCCGUCGCCAGGUGGAAGCCGGGGCACACGGGCUACCUGGCGGUCCUCAACCCGCAGCCGGAGCCGCUGCGCGCCGACCUGCGCGCCGCGCGCGGCGCCGCGCUGCCCGCGCAGCUCACCGUGCACUACGUGUCGCACGAGGUGGCCAACCUCACUGGGUACGUGUGGUGUACAGGUGGAAGCCGGGACACGAGGGCUACCUGGCGGUCCUCAACCCGCAGCCGGAGCCGCUGCGCGCCGACCUGCGCGCCGCGCGCGGCGCCGCGCUGCCCGCGCAGCUCACCGUGCACUACGUGUCGCACGAGGUGGCCAACCUCACUGGUUACGUGACCAACAAGCUAGUGGACUGCGACGACGUGAUGGUCCCCGCCAAGUCGACGGUGGUGCUCUCUUUCGCGCUGACGACCGCCGAGUAACUUCAACUCGAUAGUUAAUUCGCUAGCCGCAGUGUACGCGCGGCAUUUUGGUUGCAUUUCAUUUUUGUACCGUUUCAAAAUAUAGUAUGAGCAUUA